UUGACAGGAGGCUGCCGGGUUCCGACUGUCGACAAGUGUUGCAGAAUGUUUCGAAAACUUUUGUUUUCUAUCGUUCUCCUUUUUAUAUAUCAUUAUGACCUUAUUGACGCACAGAAGAAAAAGGAGACUCUCCUGUCAGAGAGGGUGAGUCAGAUGAUGGAUUGGACCACCAAGCGUUCCGUCAUCAGAAUGAACGGGGAUAAGUUCCGCCGCUUUGUGAAGGCUCCCCCCAGAAAUUACUCGGUGGUCAUCAUGUUUACGGCGCUGCAGCCACAGAGGCAAUGUGGCAUCUGCAAGCAAGCUGAUGAAGAGUUUCAGGUCCUGGCUAACUCCUGGCGUUAUUCCUCUGCGUUUACGAACAAGGUCUUCUUCGCAACUGUGGAUUUUGAUGAAGGAUCAGAUGUCUUUCAGAUGCUCAACAUGAACUCCGCUCCGACAUUUCUUCACUUCCCUGCCAAAGGAAAACCCCGCGCACCUGAUACCUAUGAGAUUCAGGUCAAAGGCUUUGCAGCUGAGCAGCUGGCAAGAUGGGUAGCAGACAGGACUGAUGUGCAGAUACGAGUCAUUCGUCCUCCGAACUAUGCUGGGCCUCUCCUACUCGGCUUCCUCCUUGCUGUUAUUGGAGGACUGGCAUAUCUGCGGAGGAACAAUUUAGAGUUUCUUUUUAACAACAACGUCUGGGCCUUCUCUGCACUGUGCUUUGUCCUGAUCAUGACCUCUGGCCAGAUGUGGAACCACAUCAGAGGACCACCAUAUGCACACAAGAACCCUAACACUGGCCAAAUUAGUUACAUCCAUGGCAGCAGUCAGGCUCAGUUUGUGGCUGAGACGCACAUUGUACUACUUUUCAAUGCUGCUAUUACCAUGGGAAUAGUGCUGCUGUGUGAGGCUGCCUGCUCUGACAUCGACAUUGGAAAGAGGAAGAUUAUGUGUGUCGCAGGUAUCGCUUUGGUGAUGCUCUUCUUCAGCUGGUUAUUGUCCAUUUUCAGAGCCAAGUAUCAUGGCUACCCAUACAGCUUUUUGAUGACUUAAAACUGAUCAGCCUCCCUAUCCUGUUCUAAGUACUGAGCUUUGUGUCCCUAAAGUGCCCUUUAUUUAGUACAAGCACAUUGUCAGGUUGAUACUAGAAGACAUGUUUUGUCUUCCACUUCAUCCAGCCAAAAAUGUUAGCGUGAUGAUGUGUUUAUAAUGAUUAUAAUAAUGGUUUAGAUUUUUAUAGCGCUUAUCAAGACACACAAAGGGUUUUGCAGUGAGGAUGUCCUCUUUGUUUGUGUGUGACAGAAGGAAGAAUCAACAAAUAUGGCAAAUACGUGACUUAGUUUUAAAACCUGAUCUUAAUUUCUGUAGGGUGUUUUUCUCACAAAAUGAGACUUUGCUCAAAAAGGUGUGGCGACUUCCGUUCAUCCAUUUUCUACCACUAGGCGCUGGAGCCUAUCCCAGGACAAUUAAGUCGCCACCUCAUUGCAGGGCCUGUUGAUACUUACUAUACGAAAUAAAGUAUAAUAAAAAAAAGAACAUACUUUUGGAAGUACAACAGACUUUAUGUUGUGCGAUUUACACAUAUGACUGGAAACUAGAUUUGACCAAAAUAUGAACACAAUAGUGGCAGCACAGUGUAAGAGGGGUUAGCGCGUCUGAGUAGUCGUGAGUUCAAUCCCGGGCUCGGGAUCUUUCUGUGUGGAGUUUGCAUGUUCUCCCCGUGACUGCGUGGAUUCCCUCCGGGUACUCCGGCUUCCUCCCACUUCCAAAGACAUGGACCUGGGGAUAGGUUGAUUGGCAACACUAAAUUGGCCCUAGUGUGUGAAUGUGAGUGUGAAUGUUGUCUGUCUAUCUGUGUUGGCCCUGUGAUGAGGUGACGACUUGUCCAGGGUGUACCCGGCCUUCCACCCGAUUGUAGCUGAAAUAGGCUCCAGCGACCCCGAAGGGAAUAAGCGGUACAAAAUGGAUGGAUGGAUGGAUGGAUGAACACAAUAGUAGCAUGCGAUGACUUCAUGCGCAUGUUUUAUACACUACUUCUGAGUACUGUCAAACAUGUACAGUAUGAUAUCCACAGUUGUGUUAUAAAUUGUGCCGUUAGCUACAGCUGAUGAUGUAUGCAUUACACAAAUCGAAGAGUUGUCAGCAAUGCAGGAAAUUUUGAAUUUUCAGCUGUCAAAUAAAGCCGUAAUGUUAUGGUCACAUACUGAAUAUACCUGCAGUGUAAUACGUUCAUGUUGGGUUCAAUGUGUGAUUAAAUAGUUUGUGCAAGAUAAUUGUCAUUAAGUGCCUCAUAGUUUUUUUUUUUAAACCAUUCUAUUCCAAAACAGCCCAAUUUCAGUAGCCUGGGUUAUUUUUUUAUUUUUUUUAUUUUUCCAAACACUUAUUUGCAGUGCCAGUCUCUCCACAAGUGCAGGACAAACAUUUUUGCAAGCUAUAAAUAAACCAACAGAUGAAACUUUG